AUGUCUGAUGAGGCUUCUUACAUGGAGUUCAUCGACAGACCUCUAUACCUGCCUAUCGCCGAGGGUAAUUCUACACCAUGCGAUUCGACAGCACCCUCAUUCCUGACCACGUUUCCUGCCGAGAUUCGGAAUGCUAUAUACGACAUUCUCUUCUACGUACCAAGGGGUAUACGAAUGCAACACGGGUAUUAUAACCCCGUUUUGGAAGACCAGCAGCUGCGUGAGGACUUGGCAACCGGCCUCCCUCUUCUAUCUACAUGCCGCCAGAUCUAUUGGGAAGCUGGUACAAUUCUUUUCUCCAACAAUACCUGGAUCCUUUCCAGGGGUUUCGCAUGGAUGGAGUACAGCAUGAAGGAGAAUGCAAGGAUAGUAGAGACCUCAGGUGCUGCGUACUUACUCCAGAUGUUUGGCACUCGUAAGGUGAUGGUAAAAAGAAUUCUCCUCGACUUGGAUAGAACAUGUCCGGUCCCAUGUCCUAUCCAUAACCCAAUGCACCCGCUGCAAAACAACGGAGGACGAUUCACCGGAAUUGAACGAGUAAUGGAGGUGUCGAAUCUCAUGGCCGAGAUGGCUCACAUACCGGAUCUCAAGGUGGAAUUUGUGCAUCCAAAACGCCAAGCUUACCAUGAUCUUCAUCCUCCAAAUGGCUCUGGCCAGGUCGACCUAGGCCUUCAACUUGACAUGCUCAAUAAUACCUUACUGACCUUACGGAAAGACACUAUUGGCAUCAGAAAGUACGGACGACAGGUUCAAACCGUGCAUAUCGAGAGGGACUGUACACAGGGCUAUGUAGUAUUCUACAUGCCGAACUUCUUCGUUGAAUACAAAGACACAUUUCAGCGACCAUUCGUCAUAUCUGAUGGAGGCAGAACGUUCAAGUGGGCGAAACUUGAAAGAACAACGCCUAAUCUUACCAACUUGGUGUGGCAUAUUAGGAACGCAAUUCUGGACGACGUUACAUUCCCAGGCGAUGAUCACCAAGGCAGCCGUGGCGCUGAGAUCGUUUGGGACCUGGAUACAAUGACCUUGACUGGAGCAUCAUUUGUUGCCAGUGCAAUAUGCCAGGAGCUCCGCAACAAAUACUGGACAACGGUCUGGCACGACAAGAACAUCGUUGUCAAGAUGAGUACUGACCAGUCACGUACGGACUUUGAAAAGUUCCGAAAUCUCAAACUUUUCACGUGUAGACGCAGGGCCAGCCCCUGGACUGCUUACGGCGAUCCGUUCUGGAAUUCGGAUGUAACGCUCCUGCUAAAAUUCGAAACGCCAUCUGACGUCACGCUGGAAGACAUCCGCUUCAACAUCGGCCAUUUGGUGCGAGUUAUGACAGACUGGGGUGGUAAUACCAAGAUUACCGUCUCUGUACCCCGAAAGAAAGAUGAACCGCGUGUUGAGGCGAGCAUGAACCUAUGGAUGUCUCGAGCUUCCGUGCUGACCGCGCUUUCGGGUGCUGGAAGACGCGAGAGGGAAACUUAUCGGAUGACCACCCAUCCCGCUGUGUGGAUGAAUGGCCGGUUUGAAGCCUUGGAGGUCGAUUUGGAAGACGUUGCGCCGCCUUGGAGAGAAGAGGGAUUUGAAUGA